AUAGCACAUGCUCGAUAGACUUCCCUUUUCGAAAUGUGUGUGUCGCGUUGAUCACGACGCCGAUUGUUGUUUCGUUCGACAAUAAAUAAGUACAUUUUUUAUUGUUGAGUUGAUUUAAAUUACUAACACAAUAUGUUGGUGCUGUUCGAGACCGCGGCCGGCUACGCCAUUUUUAAGCUUCUUGAUGACAAGAAACUUAAGGAAUCUGAUGAUUUAUACACUCAUUUCAAUAGUCCCGAAUCAGCGAGUAAAGUUGUAAAAUUAAAGCAUUUUGAGAAGUUUGCUGACACAACUGAGGCUUUGGCUGCUACCACUGCUGCAGUUGAAGGCAAACUAUCAAAAAGUUUAAAGAAAGUUCUCAAGCAGUAUGUGGAUCAGGAGGUGCAAGAUAAACUCUUGGUUGCUGAUGCAAAGCUGGGCAGUGCCAUCAAAGAAAAGUUGAAUCUGCAAUGUGUCUCCAAUACAUCAGUUCAGGAAUUAAUGAGAUGCAUUCGUUCCCAAAUGGAUAGUUUAUUGGCUGGUCUUCCUAAGAAGGAAAUCACAGCUAUGUCCUUGGGUCUUGCUCAUUCACUUUCGCGCUACAAGCUGAAAUUUUCGCCUGAUAAGAUUGACACUAUGAUUGUUCAAGCAGUGUGUCUGCUUGAUGAUCUUGACAAGGAGUUGAAUAACUACAUUAUGAGAUGCAGAGAGUGGUAUGGUUGGCAUUUCCCUGAAUUAGGAAAGAUUGUUCAAGACAAUGUUGCUUUUGUAAAGACCGUUAAAAUUAUCGGCACUCGGGAAAAUGUUGCGACGUCAGAUUUAUCUGAUAUUUUGCCAGAAGAAAUUGAAGCACAAGUUAAAGAAGCAGCCGAAAUAUCAAUGGGCACGGAAAUUUCCGACGACGAUAUCUUGAACAUUCAGCACCUGUGCGAUCAAGUCAUUGAAAUUUCCAGUUAUCGCACGCAACUGUAUGAAUAUUUGAAGGCCAGAAUGAUGGCGAUGGCUCCAAAUUUAACAGUGCUGGUUGGUGAUUUGGUCGGCGCUCGGUUGAUUUCCCAUGCAGGAUCGUUGAUAAAUCUCGCUAAACAUCCUGCUUCAACUGUGCAGAUACUCGGUGCUGAAAAAGCUCUGUUUCGGGCGUUGAAAACCAAGAAAGAUACGCCGAAAUAUGGUAUUAUUUAUCAUUCCCAAUUAGUUGGUCAGUGCAGCACGAAGAAUAAAGGUAAAAUGUCCAGAAUGCUGGCCGCUAAAGCUGCGUUAGCCACGCGUGUAGAUGCUGGGGAAGACGGUUCAUUUGAUUUGGGUGCUGAGCAUAAAGCCAAGCUGGAAUCUCGCUUGCGUAUUCUUGAAGAAGGCAACCUGAAACGCAUUAGCGGCACUGGCAAAGCGAAAGCCAAAUUUGAAAAAUAUCAAGGUGUCAGCGAAAUCAAACAGUAUCCGGCUGCUGCAGACAGCACGUUGCCGUCAACUAGUAAACGUAAGCGUUCCGAAUCUGAAGUGGAGACUCCGGUUGAGGUGAAGGAGGAAAAAGAUGAAGCUGCUCCUGUGACUCCUAAACAAAAGAAGAAAAAGGAUAAGAAGGUUAAGUCCGAGGCUGAAGACGAUUCUCAAGAGGAAGUAACACAUCAGAAAAAGAAGAAGAAGCCUUCAACCGGCGACGAUGAUUCACAAGAAGACGCUGCUCAAACUGUGACACCGAAGUCCGAAAAGAAAAAGAAGAAGAAAAAGUCCGAGAGCGAGGCCAUGGAGGAGGCACCUGUGGAAGAAGCUGCAGAGCCGACUUCCGAAAAGAAAAAGAAGAAGAAGAAGAAAAGUCUGGGAGCAGCCGAAGAUGAUUAGAUUCAAAAUGAGAAGAGAUAUUUUUACAUUUAUCUCCAAGUUCCAUUGGAGGAAAAUGGGCUUACAUAGUUUUCAUAAGUCAAGUAUGAAAGUCCGUUUUUAAAACUAAAUCACAAUUUAAAUAGUAAUCACAUAUUUUAUUAUGCGAGUACGAUUUAAAGAGCUAUUUCGUUAAAUGUAAUUACUUUUAUAAAGAACAGGACGGAAGAUUUUUAAUUUUUGUACAAGUUGUGACAUUCAUUUUGUGAUUUCCAAUCGCAUACUUUUUUGCAAUGCCAACAUAAAGAAGAAUUUAAAUAAGGAUCAUUUUUAGUUUAAAAAAUUGUUAAUCCUACUUGUAUACUACUUGUAGUUUUAAUACAUCCAAUUAAAAACUA